AGGUUUACUUUAAUGCACCAAAUACCCCUAAACUUUCCAAAAUGCACCAAACACCCCUGACGUAUGCAAUAAUAUCAUUAAAUGCCCUUUUGUCUGACGGACGUUAACCCUCCGUUACCAUGUUUUUACCUUGUUGCCCUUACUUGUCCUUUCUGGCGCCAUAUCAAAAAAGAAAAAAAAAACAAAACAAAUUCAAAACCUAACUUCCCAACUUCUUCCUCGACAUUUCUCUCUGUUCUCUUACACCAUUAGAGAGCACUUGAGUACCAAACCAAAGAGAGAGAAAGAUCGAAAUUUGCUGGGAUUUGUGUAAAACAACUCGCAAUAGUUAGUCGAAGUAAAUCCCCACGAAAAGAUCGACAAUUUGGUCCAAAAAUCUGCAGUUUUCGCGAGUCCUACAAAAGUGGGUGCAAGGAGAGCAAAGGACUGGAAUUUGUGGCUUCAACUUCAUCAAAAUUGUGUCAAGGAUGGUCGCAAUUUGGUUGUUAUGUCAUUAUAAUGAUCGGAAUUUUGAUGUGAGGGUACAAGAUACUGAUGAAACGAACUACAUGGAUUUGGUUGAUGACUUGUUUGAUGAUUCUAUUAAGCAAGAUGUUCUGAUUCCCGAUUUAUUUAGAUUGUUUUAUGUUAAUCCUAGUACGAAUAAAAGAGUAGAAUUGUUGAAUGAUGUUGGUUUGAUGGGCAUGUGGGGUUUAUUUAAGCGCACAGAUACUGUGGAAAUAUGGAUAGAGAAGGCAAAUGAGAAGGAAACUUCAAUCCAAUUUAGGACUGCAGUUAAGAAAAGGAAGGAUAGGAAGGAAAGGAAGGCUGUAGAACUUAGAAGGAAAGCUGAGGAGUUUGAGAGGGAGAGGGAAGAGGAAAGGAGAAGGUUAGAAAGGGAGGCUGAGAUUCAAAGGGAUUUGGAGGAGCAAUUGGCAAACACAGUGGCAGUUGAGGUGCCUGUGUAUGAUGUUGAGGAUUUAAGCGUAGAGUACGUACGUGUUUACAGCUCACAACAUGCUGACUGCUUUUCCCCGGGAGGUUCCCAACCACCAAAUACACAAAAAGAGCCUUCACCACCACCAAGAGAGCCCUCACCACCACCAAAUAAUCCAUCACCACCACCAAGAAGUCCCUCACCACCACCAAAUAAUCCAUCACCACCACCAAGAAGUCCCUCACCACCACCAAAUAAUCCAUCACCACCACCAAGAAGUCCAUCACCACCACCAAGAAGUCCCUCACCACCACCAACCUCACCACAAACACAACCACAGCAACAACAACAACAAACAGAACAUCAGCAACAACAACAAACAGAACAUCAACAACAACAACAAACAGAACAACAGCAACACCAACCCACAGAACAGCAGCAACAACAUCAAACAGAACACCAGCCAGAUCAGACACCCCCUCCUAACAGGGCUGAGUUAAACAAAGGGAGGGGUUUCAGAAUUUCCAGAAGUCAUGCUAAGAAGACGGGUGAGUUUGUUCCUAAGAAGAGGGGGGGAAGGCCUGCUGGUUCAAGGGUGAGGAAACCCACUGCAUACAAUGUGGAGGAAGAGGAGCAAUGGGAUGAUGAGAGUGAUGAUGAAAAUUUUGAGGAGAGUGAGAGUGAUAGUGAAACUGGUUUCAACUCCGACGAUUUCAUUGACGAAGAAAUUGAAGAAGAUGAAGAACAAGAUGUUCUUAAGGAGGUAAUUUCUGAGAGAAGUUUUGAGGAUCAUUUAGAUGGGAGUAAUAAGCUGGAUAAUUUGUAUGCAAAUGGGAAAGUUGUGGGAAGCAUGCCAUGGGGGACUAUCAAGUUGCAACCAUGGAUGAUAUUCCAAAGCAAGACACACUUCAUGGAGGUCUUCAGAGACUUCUGUAUUCAAGAGGGAUUUGCUGUGAGUGUUGAAAAGGCUGAUACAACCAGAUUCACUGCAAUGUGUCUGGUUGAGUCAUGCAAUUGGAGGAUCCAUGCCUGUGUGUUGUUGGAUGGGGUCAGUUGGGCCAUUAAAACUCUUGUCAGUGAGCACAAGUCUUGUGGGAGACUUGAGGAGAAUCCCAUGGUGACAUCUCAGUGGCUAUGCACCAAACUACUUCCUGACAUUGAAGCAAAUCCAGAAAUCCCAAUUAAGACACUUCAAAGAAAGGCAUUGGGGAUUUAUAGGGUACAAGUGAAACAGAGGUUGAUGUACAAGGUGAGAAGCCUCGGGAGGCAGCAAAUUUAUGGAGGUUUUGAUGAGUCAUAUGCCCUUUUACCAUCCUAUGCUGAAAUGAUCAAAUCUACCAAUCCUGGGAGUUAUGCCUUGGUCACUUGGACUGCAGAUUCUGGUAACGUGACACCCCGUUUCAAGGCUUGCUUUUUCUCCUUUGCUGCACAAGUUAGGGGUUUCUUAAGAGGUUGUAGGCCUAUCAUAGGCAUUGAUGGUGCACAUUUGAGUGGAUACUAUAAGGGAAUUCUCCUCACUGCAGUUGCUAUCGAUGGGAAUAAUGAGAUUUUUCCAUUAGCCUAUAGCAUUGUGAGUACGGAGAGUAUGGACACAUGGUCCUAUUUUUUCAGAAGUUUGAAGGCUUUGUUUGUUCAACAUGGGUGCCAGAGGGAUGACUGGACUUUUAUUAGUGACAGAAUGAGGGGAGUAGAAUCUGCUUUGUAUGAUGUUUUCCCCAAAGCAGUCAGGAGGGUCUGUGCUCAGCAUCUGUAUACCAACUGCAGACAAGCUGGAUACAGUGGCACAGCCUUCCAUGACUUGUUCUGGGUUGCUGCUGAUGCAUACAAUCCAUAUGUCUUCAACAAAGCCAUGGAAAAGAUUGGCAAACUCAUCCCAGAAGCAGUGGGAUAUCUUGACAAAGUGCCUGAACAGUGGUCUAGACACAAGUUUGAUGUUGAGGUCACUUGUGAUCACAACACCACCAACUUUGUGGAAUCCUUCAACGCGUGUACCAAACCCUUUAGGGAUCUUCCUGUUUUGUCACUUCUUGAAGAAAUAAGGUCUUGGUGCAUGACGAAGAUCGGGGCCAGAUUUGAUAAAGCUGUUGACAUUGGACCCGAUCAAUUGACGCCAUAUGCUACUAAGGAGCUUGAAGAGAGGAGUGCUGACUCGAGGCUUGCUGCUAGAGUUUGUGGUUGUGGGAAAUGGCAAGGGUGUGGUAUACCUUGCAAGCAUGCUAUUAGGGUAAUAUACCAUCAAAGACUCAAUCCUACAGAUUUUGUUUCUCCUUACUUCAAAGGGGCAGCCUAUAAGCUCACAUACUCAGAGCAUAUUCACCCCAUGCCUGACUCAACACAGUGGCCUACAUUUGAGCUACCUAGGAUUCUUCCCCCACUAAUGAGAAGGGCAGCUGGCAGACCAGCCAAGCAGAGAAGAAGAGGUGCUCAUGAGAAGAAGAGGGGGAAAAGAAACACCACUGUCAAGUGUGGGAAAUGCAAGCAAAUUGGGCAUAACUCAAGAACCUGUAAAGGAGGUUCCACUGCAAAACAGAGGAAAGAAUCUGCUACAGCUGCUGCUGGUUCUGCUGGUGCAUCAACAUCUGGUGCUAGGAAGAGGAAGGCUCCAACAUCUAAUGCAUCGAGCAGCAAGAAGUCCAAAGCUGCAUAA